GAAAUCAGGGAAAGGACUGGGAGGCCCUCCCUGAGUGUGGCCUGGCAGGGGGCCCUGUCACGGAUUCUGCAUGGGUAACGCUGGCCGUGGAGAAGUUUUGGAAGGGGAAACCAAAAAGCUUUGGAUCUUUUCCUGAAUUUUUUUGAUGUGCUUCUAAAGCAAGAAAAACCAUCUGUAAAAAGACCAGGAUAGGUGGACAGCAGAACAGUGUGGUCCUGCAGAAGCUGAAGCCUGACACUCCUUACACCAUCACCCUGUCCUCCCUGUAUCCUGAUGCAGAAGGAGGUUGGAUGACAGGAAGAGAACCUUUGAAUACAGUGAGGAACCUCAGUGUAUGACCCUUCCACCAGCACUUUGCACGUUCGCUGGGAGCACACAGAGCAAAAUCCUGGUGCCAAUCCCUGGGAACACCAAUGAUGUCGUUCUAAGGAAUCAGCAGCCGGAUGCCCCAGACACCAUUACAGUGGUUCCCCUCUAUCCUGAGGGUGAUGGAGUGCAUACACCAGAUACUGGAAGGACAUGGAAUGGUGAGAAGAGUGGCCAGAGAUGCCCAAGUGUACAGUCUGACCCCAAACAGCCAGGCUGUUGGCUGGGCCCCGCCCCUGGCCAGGGCCUCAGCACCGCGCUGUGUGUGCUCCCCUGGCUGGCAAAAGGCCCCCGAACCUGUUGUGGUGCCAGGAAACACCCCCACGGUGCACUUCGAGCAGCUGGUUCCAGACGCACCCUAUUCCGUGAACAUCACUGCGCUCUACUUGGAUGGAGGGGGAAUCCCAGCCCCAGGCGGGGCCAAACACAUGAGGCUGAAAUCCUUCCCGUCCAGUUCCCUUGUGACUCAGUGAGGAAGGCUGGGCAGGACCAUGCAGCAGACCGAGGAAUCUGAGUCUUUGGAGAGACAACCAUCAGCCUGUCCGCGCACUGGGAUCACGCUGAUGGGCCAGCUCAGCAGCACAGGGUCAUUUUUUCUCCCACCGCUGGUGACUCAGUUGAUGAAUAUGUUGAAAUUGCUCUUAAUAAAGCUCAUGUCCACGAAGCCACAGUGGAACCUGAAGAAGUGCGUGUGCAGGAGGAUGUCCAGCUCAGCAGCGAGAGGAGACCAGGCAUUUUGAAGCCCAGAUCGAGGGUCCGAUGCAGAGCGCCAUGAUGACUGAGGACUGCAGCCUGGAAG